UGCCUUCAUCCAGAGGUGUCUUACAUCAGCUUAGUGCGCCUGAAUCUGAGAAACUUCGGAGCGAAAGAAAGAGGCUUGUUUCUCCCCUCAAUCCUUCACGUUACUUGGAAUUAGGAAACUACGCGAGAAAUGGUUUAAAAAAUCAACCCAUAAAGAGUGAACGUCCCGUCUCCAUUUGAGAUGAAGCAGCUUUGGAAGAUGCUCUUUCCGCUCCUUAUCCUCCUGUACCUAUUGGGAGCUGUCAGCUCUCAAGUAAAUCCAGGUGUGUGUCGCUCUCCAUUAGGAAUGUCCGGAGGACAGAUCUUAGAUGAAGACAUCUCAGCUACUAGUCAGUGGUCCGACUCCACUGCUGCAAAAUACGGCAGAUUGGACUGUGAAGAGGGCGAUGGUGCCUGGUGUCCUGAGACACCAGCAGGUGAACCAGAGAAUCUGAAAGAGUUCCUGCAGAUAGACCUUCGUUCUCUGCACUUCAUCACAUUGGUGGGUACGCAGGGGCGUCACGCCGGAGGCAUGGGGAACGAGUUUGCCCAGAUGUACAAGAUCAAAUACAGCCGUGAUGGUAGCCGCUGGAUCUCAUGGCGCAACCGGCAGGGCAAAGAGGUGAUUGAGGGGAAUAGGAAUGCCUAUGACAUUGUUCUGAAGGACUUGGAGCCACCCAUCAUUGCACGUUUUGUCCGCUUCAUGCCUGUCAUCGAUCACUCCAUGAACGUUUGCAUGCGUGUGGAACUGUACGGCUGCGAGUGGCUAGAUGGUUUGGUUUCAUAUAAUGCUCCGCUCGGCCAGCAGAUGACUUUCAAUGGACAGAAUGUUUUCCUCAAUGACUCUGUGUAUGAUGGAGCCAUGAGUUACAGUAUGACAGAAGGUCUUGGGCAGCUGACAGAUGGUAUGUCUGGCCUAGAUGAUUUUACACACAGUCAUGUGUACAACGUAUGGCCUGGAUAUGACUACGUCGGCUGGACCAAUGAGAGUUUCCCCAAUGGUUUUGUGGAGAUCAUUUUUGAAUUUGACCGCAUCCGCAAUUUCACCACCAUGAAGGUACACUGCAACAACAUGCUCUCACGACGGGUGAAGACCUUUCAAAAGGGGACGUGUUAUUUCCGCUCCGAGUCGGACUGGGAGGCCACGCCCGUAUCUUUCAGCCCUGUGAUGGACGAUAUCAACCCUAGUGCCCGCUUUGUCACCGUGUCUCUCUACAAUCACAUGGCCAGUGCUAUAAAGUGCCAGUACUACUUUUCUGACAUCUGGAUGAUGUUCAGUGAAAUCACCUUCCAGUCAGAUACAGCAAUGUACAACACAACCUUGGCUCCACCUAUAACUGGCCCUCCCAAACAACCAGGGGAUAACCCAACCCACAAAGUAGAUGACAGCAACACCCGGAUCCUGAUUGGCUGCUUGGUGGCCAUCAUCUUCAUCUUAGUGGCCAUUAUUGUGAUUAUUCUAUGGAGACAAGUGUGGCAAAAGAUGCUUGAGAAGGUUUCUCGGAGGAUGCUGGACGAUGAACUAACUGCUAGUCUGUCAAUACAGAGUGAGACCUUCACAUUUAACAACAACAACAACAGUUCUUCAGUGUCCAGUGAGCAGGAAUCUAACUCCACUUAUGAGCGCAUCUUCCCUUUGGGACCCGACUACCAGGAGCCGUCACGUCUUGUCCGCAAACUGCCCGAGUUCUCCCAAACAUCAGAGGAUGCUGCAUCGACCAGUACAGCUUCCAAGACUCCUCAGGCCAGUACACAAGAGGGCGUCCCGCAUUACGCUGAGGCCGACAUUGUCAACCUGCAGGGGGUGACGGGGGGAAACACGUAUGCUGUCCCGGCACUAACAAUGGAUCUACUCAGGAAGGAUGUUGCUGUUGAAGAGUUUCCAAGGAAACUGCUCACCUUUAAAGAAAAGCUGGGAGAGGGGCAAUUUGGAGAGGUGCAUUUAUGUGAAGCAGAAGGAAUGCAAGAUUUUAUGGAUGAGGACUUCUCCUUUGACAUCACUGAAAACCAAACAGUGCUUGUUGCAGUUAAGAUGCUUCGAGCGGAUGCAAAUAAAAAUGCCAGGAAUGAUUUCUUGAAGGAGAUAAAGAUCAUGUCACGGUUGAAAGACCCCAACAUCAUCCGGCUCCUGGCGGUGUGUAUGAGCUCUGACCCUCUGUGUAUGAUCACGGAGUACAUGGAAAACGGAGAUCUCAAUCAGUUCCUGUCCCGCCACGAGGCCGAGGGUGUGAUCGCUCUACUCAGCAAUGCUCCCACAGUCAGCUAUAGUAACAUACACCACAUGGCCACACAGAUCGCUUCAGGCAUGAAGUAUCUCUCCUCGCUAAACUUUGUGCAUCGGGAUUUGGCCACUCGCAACUGCCUAGUGGGAAAGAAUUACACGAUCAAGAUCGCAGACUUUGGCAUGAGUAGAAACCUGUAUAGCGGAGACUACUACCGCAUCCAGGGCAGAGCUGUACUGCCCAUCCGCUGGAUGUCCUGGGAGAGCAUUCUUCUGGGGAAAUUCACUACAUCCAGUGACGUAUGGGCUUUUGGCGUGACCCUUUGGGAGAUGCUCACCUUCUGCAAAGAGCAGCCGUACUCACAGCUAUCAGACGAGCAGGUCAUUGAAAACACAGGGGAGUUCUUUCGGGAUCAGAGGAGACAGAUAUACCUACCCCAGCCACCAAUGUGUCCUGACCCCAUCUACAAGCUCAUGUUGAGCUGCUGGAACAGGAACACCAAAGAGCGUCCAUGCUUCCAGGAGAUCCAUCGCAUCCUACUGGAGUCCAAACCAUAGUAUCCACUUAUGUGCCAACCGCAUGGCACUUCCAUAGACUUGCAGUGCCCAUAGGACUCCAAUUGACCAGGCACUUAUUUCUUCACAUCAUAUAGCCAGAAACAUCAGGAUCCAUAAUUGUUCUGUUACAGUUUGGACAAAUGAUUGAAUUAUGCAGGGUUAUUUUUUACAUUGCCCCCGAGUGGCUUUGGCUGAAAUGCAAUGAACGGGCAGCACUAGGCCCAAAAAUGUAGCAAUAAAUUUUGGCACCUUUAAUUCAGAAGAAUUAGAUUUUUAUACAAUGUGUAUUUUCUCCAAGUACGCUACUUUUAAAUGAUCUUAAAUAGAAAAAAAUCUCAAGUAAAAAGGAUAAAACAAACAGACAUUGGCAAUGGUGUGUCUUAUGUGAGUAUUUCCAUGUUGUUUUCCGUAUUUUAAGGCAGAAGACAGCUUGAAUGUAAAUAAAAAUAUUUUUUAAUUGACAGUCAGAUUUACCUUUUAGUUUUGUUGUGAUGUCUCAACAUUUGCAAAUGAUCAUCUUAUUCUGAAAAAUUCUAAACAUACUUUGUUUUUACCUUUUUCCUCUGUAGUAAGCGGAAAAAAACAUUUAACCAAUUGGGUUCACAAUCACAGAAGUACAUUUAUCACUUUUGUGAAUAGCAAAACCAGUUUAUAAAACCAAUUCAUUUUUUAAUAGAUCAAAACUACAUUUUUGAGUGACAUUGUAAAAUGUAAAAUAUUGGCAUUUUGCAACUAUAUUGUAUUAAUAUUUAAAUGUACUGCAUUGGGUACUUUUCCUCUUUUUAUUCUAAAUAAUUAUUUUUGGUGUUUAUUUAAAACUUGUAAUUUUGAAAUCUGUGUUUUCUUUUCUCUUUUAUUGUCUUGCCUUAAAAUAAUUUUUUACAUUUCAGCAUUCUCAUUUUUAUUUGAAAAAUCUAUGAAUUUACAUUAUUUCUAGAAAUGACUUUCUUAUGAUAUUUGCAUGAACUUGGAUGAAAUCCAAUGUAGAAAUAUUUCUUUGGUUACUUUGUCAUUUUGUUUUAUAUGUCAUUUGUAGUAGAAUUAUAAAAGUAGAGCAAAGGGAGCAAUACUAAUUAUCAUCAGUUUAAUUUUGAGUAGGCUAUGCAUUGAAAAUAUCAAAGAUGAAAAUAAGCUUAUUUUAAAGCUGUUUUAAAGCAGUCUUAUUUUUAUAUCAGAGUAUAUUCAUGUAGGGUGGCGUUGAUGAGUGAAGUGUUGUUGGAUAAAUACUGGAUCAGAUGCACUGUGAUGGUUUACAGUAUGUUGUGAUAUGUUUUUGCAUGUGCAAAGUGCUGCAAAUGGGAUACACGGAAAUCUCAUUAGCAAUUGAGUAACUUGUAUACUUGUAAAUCUUUUGUAUGGUGAUUGUAUAGGCUGUAAUAUUGAGCAAUUGUGCACCUUUUGUCGUCAGCUGAGAUAACUGCCAAUCCUUAAGAAGUGAUUCAGUUGUGGGUAUAAAAAUCUCUGGCAAUAGUCUAUGUAUAGCUGAAUUUUAACAUUCUUGACAUGGCUUAUUAAGUUGCAUUAUACGUAUCCUUUAUUUCUUUAUAUGCACUUUUCAUGGGUUUAAUUGUUUUAUCAGCUGGGGCACAGUUUUCACAUUACAUUUUAUUACCCACAAGGUAAAUAAACGAAGUUUUCUGUAAAUGGACAACGUUCUACCACAAUGAUGAGAAAAAGAACUGGAGCUCUUUUGUUCAUAGCAAAAUAUCCAUCUUUAACUCCUUUGUCAUUGGAUUCUCUCUUUGUAUGCUCAGAACUUUUUUCUCUUUUUAUAUCAACCUUGACUUUUACUAGUAUUGUACAUUUUAGGGAACUGUACAUAUAAUACAU